UUACAGCAUGUUAUUACAUCUAUUUUACGAGGACUCCGUAAGUCUAUAAACCAUUUUACUAGCAUUGAGGGUAUCAGGACGAUAUAAUAAGAGUUUUCUCAAACAUCAAGAUGCAGAGAAUCCGUCUUGGUGAACUGUGAGUGUUGGGGUGGGGUGAGGGGGUAAAGUGUCUUAUUCCCUUUUUUGUAUUGUUGCAACAUCCUGCAGCCUCAAGCUCAUGAGAAACAGAAAUGAAAAAAAAAUACAUUUAUUUGAGCGAUUGUUUUCUCCCUCUAGUCACAUCUGACGGGGCUUUUUAUUAUUUGUGAAAUGAAAAGCUAAAUUAAGUCUGAAGAAAAAAAAAAUAGAAGAGAGCAAGGGCAGGAUUGAUUUACUCGCUGUAUUGGUAAAUAUGACCACGUGAUCCAUGUAACCAAUCCCUGCAGAUGCAGGCCAGCAAAAAUACUAUGAUUGUUCAUAGAGAGAAGCUUCCCGUAACAGUGCAACCCAUAUUAUAUGAGUAGGAAGAGAUCAAAAAUGUCUUCCAGUGGUACUCUCAGUAACUGCUAUGUGGACUCUAUAAUGGGGCAGGAGCCGGAGGAUGUGUACGGUGCUCGCUUUAUUCAGGCUCCACACUCGGUGACCCCGAGGCCGUCAGGUGCUGGGGACAACGCUGAUUUUUCCUCUUGCAAUUUUGCACCAAAGUCCGCCGUUUUUCCGUCGUCUUGGUCCUCGAUUCAUCCGCAGGGGAUUUAUCAUCCGUACGUGCACCACCACCACCACCACCAGUCCCAUCUGCCCGCCUCGGACGGCAGAUAUGUAGGCGUCCGCUCCUGGAUGGACCCCAUCUCCAACCACGUUUCGUUCGCCGGAUUUCACUCCAGUAAUCGGUCGUAUGGGACAAAGCCCGAAGUCUUGCCACCGAAACCCAGAGAGUGCGACACGUUGGAGGCAGAAGCUCGACCGCUCGCCGGCGAAUUCGCGUGUGGAGUCUCGGAGUGUCCAGAAAAAGCGACCAAAGAGCACAGUGGAAGUGAUCUUUCGAGCCACGGCGAGCCCAAAGAGGAGAAACAACAACAACUUGACCCAAACAACCCUGCAGCAAACUGGAUCCACGCACGCUCCACGAGAAAGAAGCGAUGCCCGUACACAAAAUAUCAGACUUUAGAGCUGGAGAAGGAGUUCCUCUACAACAUGUAUUUGACAAGAGAUCGACGCUAUGAGGUCGCCCGCAUUCUCAGUUUAACCGAGAGACAAGUGAAGAUCUGGUUCCAGAACAGGAGGAUGAAAAUGAAGAAGAUGAACAGAGAGAGGAGCAGCAAGGAGCAGCUAUGAGUUCACCGCUGCUGCCAUGACGCACAUUUUGAUGUUUGUACCAACGAAGCCAUCUGAACUAAUUACCUUUUAUUUUGGUAGGAGCCUCGGUAGCCAGUUUUUAUUUUAUUUUAUUUUAUUUUUUUAGAUAUCCUAAGUAGAAAAUAUUGAGUGCCAGAAUCAUAAAGAUCGAAGUAGUCUCGCUGAGACUGGAAGCCCACAAACUGGAUCCGUCAGACUUUAUCCACCUUAAGAAGAAGAAAAAAAAAAAAAUCAGAAACUGGGAUGUUGAUGCAGUUUCUCAGAUUUGUUAAGCACUCCCCAUCUUUCACCCAGAGCAGGAAACGCACCUAUGUGUAUUGCUUUUCUAGUUUGUUCAGAAUUUGGAGUUGUGUAUAUAAAACAUUUCCACAGCUGAA